UUUUUUUUCUCUCUCUAAAACCCUCUCUGGAAAACCCUAGUUCCAAUUCCUUAAGCAAGGAAUCUUGAUCUGCCAUUGUGACGACAAAUGCACGGAAUCCCUAUCGUUGACAUUAGGUUCGUCCGACGAAGAAAUAGAUGAAGUUAAAUCGUCGGAUCACGAGGAUAUUGAUCCUCUCGCUCCUUAUUGUUUCCGUCUUUGUUCCAAUCUUUCUACUAUCCGGCACUGUCAAGAAUUUACACUCUGGAGUCCCGGAUGGUUUCAUUGAAGACUUGUCCAGUAAUAAAAAUAGAAAAGAUGCACUCAAAUCUAAUGUCAUUGAGAUGGAAGGAGGUCAGAGUUUGAAAGAACCUCCACUGAUUGUUUACAAAGAUGAAGACCUUAGUUCCAUGGUUAGCUAUUCAUCUGAAAUCAAUGAUAGAUCUAAUGUAUCUUUGGACGCUGAAAACAGCACUGAUAUCUUAGAUGGGAAAGUCACCAAGCAGGGAACUGAGCAGAAUCAGAAAAAUCAGACUGUUGUAUUACCAACUGCAUCAAGAGAGGAACUCCUAACACGGACAACUCUCAAACACAAUGAAAGCAAUAAUUCUGGUCAAAACAAACAAUCAGGUUCAAGGAAGCUGGUGGAUGAGAAGGUGAAACAAAUGAAAGAUCAGGUAAUUAGGGCCCAAAUGUAUUUGGCAUUUACAUCACCUAAAAGCACCUCAAGUUUAAUGAGGGAGCUGAAGCAGAGAAUUAAGCAAGUAGAACAUGCAAUUGGUGGUUCAACCAAGGAUUCUGAUUUGCAUAGGAGUGCUACAUUAAAGAUGAGAUUAAUGGAGGCCACCUUAUCAAAAGCAAGCCGCAUUUUCACUGACUGCAAUUCCAUGAGUACAAAACUUCGUGCUAUGACUUAUAAUGCUGAAGAACAAGUUCGGGCACAUAAGAAUCAAGUGUCGUAUCUUAUUCAGCUUGCAGGAAGGACAACUCCCAAAGGUCUUCACUGCCUCUCUAUGCGGUUGACUGCACAAUACUUCACCUUACAACCUGAGGAGCGAUACUUCCCUAACCAACAUAGAGUGCAUGAUCCAGACCUGUAUCACUUUGCUGUCUUCUCUGACAAUAUUUUAGCCUGCUCUGUGGUUAUAUACUCAACCAUUGCUGCUUCCAAGGUACCAGAGAAAUUGGUUUUCCAUGUAGUAACUGAUUCAGUCAACCUUCCAUCAAUGUCAAUGUGGUUGUUACUAAAUACUCCUAAAAACUCCACCAUAAAUAUCCAGAAUAUAGAUACUUUUACAUGGUUAUCGUCCAAAUACGGGGUUGUACUACAAAAAGAAAAUUCCCAUGACCCAAUAUAUACGUCUGCUUUGAACCACCUUCGUUUCUAUUUGCCUGAUGUUUUCCCUACCCUAAAUAAGAUUGUUUUUCUGGACCAUGAUGUGGUAGUCCUAAGGGACCUAACACGACUUUGGAGUGUCGAUAUGAAGGGGAAGGUGAAUGGAGCGGUGGAAACUUGUCAGGAGGAUGAACCUUCAUUUCGCAGGAUGGAUAUGUUCAUCAAUGUUUCAGACCCAUAUUUGGAAAAAUAUUUUGAUCCAAAAGCAUGCACAUGGGCCUUUGGGCUGAACAUAUUUGAUCUGAGAGAGUGGAGACGGCAAAAUUUAACCGGGGUUUAUCACAAGUAUCUGCAUUUGGGAGAGACAAGGGAAAUUUGGAAAGCUGGGAGCUUGCCCUUGGGUUGGCUCACUUUCUACAACAACACUGUUGGUUUGAAGCGGAGUUGGCACAUCCUUGGAUUGGGUUAUGAAUCGGGUGUUUCAAAGAAUGAAAUAGACAAGGCAGUGGUUAUACACUACAAUGGUGUUAUGAAGCCAUGGUUAGAUAUUGGACUAGACAAGUACAAAUCUUACUGGAGGAGACAUGUUAACUAUGACCACCCUUUUCUCCAACAAUGCAAUAUCCACCCGUAGAGGAGAAUGAAUCGAUUUGGUAAAUGGUGGUCGGUUACUCAUUACUUUCAUUUUUUUACUUGAUUCUUUGGCAUACUUGACAUUUUUUGUAACAUAAAAAAAUAGAUUCUUAUUUCUUAUAUCCGAUUACAUUUCGGGUUAACAGAGUUAGUUAGCAAUAAGAGAUGAGGAAAUUUCAGUUGUGUACAGAAUUUUAUAAAAGUUUUAAUACUAUAGUGAACUGCCACUUUCUUUGU